CCGACUGGCAUACUGCAUUGUUGCUUGCGUCUGGAGAUUGUUUCCUCUGUGUUUUUUAACCUGAAUUACAGGCUGCCUGACUCGUGAAUUUUCUGAAAAAUAUUCGUUGCGUUUUUCUUCUGACAGUAGACUAUUGCUUUGAAUCGAUAUCUGUGAAAGAAAUUUGGUGUUUUCCAUCGGACAGUUGACAAUUGCUUUGAAUUGAAAAGGGUAUAUUUAAACCUAAAUGGUGCCGAAAACGCAAGAUACUUUAAAGAAGGCAUAUUGAACCGCUAAAUAUUUCGGAGUUUUAGAUCUCAUGGUUUUAUAAAUCUAACGGGCUACAUCAUAUCGGUGAAUUUCAAACCUCCAGUUUGAAUGCUUGGUUUUUCAGAGCAGUAGAGAUGCCAUGAUUGUUUCCUCUGUGAUUGUGACGAGUGCCUUUGCACUGACAUGCUGGGCCGUGGGAUCAUAUCCUUCAUUUUUCCAAGAUAUCAAUGCAGAUGUAGGGUUGAAGUUUUACGCUGAAAGGUUGCACCUCUUGGCAUUGAAAAUCAUUAAUCAUGCCAUGCCUUUCAACACAUUGAUCACAUAUGUCUAUUCUUUGGUGGGAUUUUACUGGCUGGUCCAUUGCGUGUUCGGCUUGAAGAAGUGUAAGCCAACUUAUCCUGUGUCGCCUGUUGGGCUGACUUACAUCUCAGCAUUUAGUCUCAUGUCACUGCUGUAUGGACCUGUUCACCUCAUGAGGAUUGUGAAACAGAAACACACCUGGGCAGUCCUAGAUCAGUGGUUCACUUUGCCCUUCUUUGGAUUAGUCAUUCACUUUCUUCUCUCACGUACAAAUCCGAAAUUACAACUUGGUAAAAAGUCUCUGUUUGCUUCGGUUUCACUAUCUCACGCUUCCUAUGGUCUCGCCUUGCUCCAUCCACUCGGGUUCGAUUUGGCGCUGGCGAUUCACAUUUUAAUAAGUGCCAUACUUGGAUACUCGUUUUACAAUGCCAAAAAAGAACCAGAAAUCAGACUUCUGGUAGUCAAAACUGUACUCAGCUGCGCAGGGUUUGUGGUGCUAAAAUUAGCCGAUUUCUACUUGGCAGAAUUGCAUCUAAUUUUCGAAAUAUUUAGUGGACACUUUUUGUCUAAAGUAUGCGAUGUGAUGCAGAUUUACUACUGUCUUCUAAUUAUGGAGGCGGAUUUGUAUGGUUCGUCUCCGCAGAUCACAGAACUGGGACAGAAAAAGAAAUGAAAGACUACGAAAAAACUAACUUGAUUUAAAUAAAAGUUCUAUAAAUUUUAUCACAAAUUUGUUUUUGUCUAUCGCAUUUGAUGUUAUGUUUCCCAGAUUUAAAUUCGAAUAAACGUUUCGAUAGUUUAAUUUAACUUCACACUAAAU